AUGUAAUUGUUGCAUGGCGUUCAAAGCGCUGUGCAGGAACCAGUCGUGAGAAGUGCGAGCAGCGAAGGCUGUCCGUGCAAUCGUCGUCUCUCGCGGCGCGUAACCUUCAAGCGGCGCUUUGGCUGAGACCUUGAACGCUCAGGCUAUGGGAGCUGCAGUACGGGACUGGCCGCGUAGGCAAAACAAAUACAGAAAGACCAGCCGAACGAUCCCGCUUGCCGGAAAAAUGCGAGGUGGAAAAGACGUCGAGGGGAGGGGAAAAUUGCAGUUCAUAACGGAUUGUUUGGCUAGCUUGUGUGGGGGGUUCGUUGUUGGCGGCUUGGGUUUUUCGGCAGCGCGUUCGAUGUAUUUUUCUUUACUUGUUGUCCCUGUUUCUUUUAGGGCUGCCGCGCCGACCGUAUCUUUUCUUGUUCUUCGGAAUAUUUUUAGACGGUCAGCGAAGUUGCUAUUUUGCGUGGGUCGCCUGCCUCCCGCUGCGUUUGGGCGGUGCAACGUCAUGAGGGCGCUACGCCAUUUGACAGGCGGAAACGACGCGAAAAAAAAUGUAGAGCGAAGUGCGGGCGAGUUUAGGGGAGAGCGCCGAAAAGGAUUUUUUUUCUCUUCGUCGCUUCCCUUCCGCCGGUUGUCUGGUACGCGGUGCGUCUGCCUUUAAGCGGUUGUGCUGUGGAUCAGCUGACUAGGCGUUGAUCGUCAACCUGCUGCUUUCUUAUUGUGACUGGAUUUGGAAGCGUGCGCGUCGCGGGAUAUGGCUGGUCGCAAGCGAAAAUCUCAGCCCGCCUUCUAUGACGACCCGGAAUGGCGCAACACCAGCUCCGUGUUCGGCAACUCCGGCUCCAUGCCCGGCUCGCCGCAGUCGUCGCGCGUGCGCAGGGGCUGGACCACCGAAUUCGACGAAGGCGGUGUACCCAUCAAGGUGGUCCACGAGACGUCCGGAGGCGGCGGCGGUAGCAGCAGCCACGACGAGGCCAACGAUGCCGCCUCGGAGACGUCGUCCCAGGGCAGUCGCUCCAGCUGCUCGAGCGCUCGCAGCGGCGGCGGCGGAGCCAACGGGGCGUCGUGCUCCAAGUCGCGCCACGAACCUCGCGUCCACCACAUCCCCAUCAUGGUGGAGCCCCGCACGGGCGCCUCGAGCAGCGCGGGCUACGCGUCCGACGGCGAGCUGAAGCCUCAGAGCCAGGCCAGGAGGACGUUCGCCGCAGCCCCGAGCCCCAAGGAAAGCCAGCAGCAACCUGCUUCCGGGGAGCCCAGGAAUGUCCACACUAUACCCGUCGAAGUGGACGGGUACCCAAUGCAGGGACAGGCCAGGAGCCCGUCGUCUCAUAACCACCACCACCACCACAACGAAGAAAUGGCUGGAGAGUCGCAGAACGUGCGGACUGUCCCCAUUGAAAUGGACUGCGGGGACGAGGCUAUGGCCAGGUGUCGGGUCGACGAUCCGAUGGACGAGCAGGAAGCUGGCGGAAAGAGUUGGCCGCACACGUUCCCGAGGCAAAAGUGCCAGCAGUCGUCAAGGCGCACCCCAUCGACGGCCAAAUCGUCGUCGGGUGGCAGGCUAGGACCGCAGGCUGCACCAGCAAAGCAGGGCUCGGAGCCCCCGCCGCCACAGCAGCAAGAGACGAAGACGCAGUCCACGGCCGAGGAGCAGAUCCGAAGGAUCAGCCUGGAGCUUGCGGAUCUGCGACAGCAAGUGUUGAAUUUCAGUGGUAGGCCCGGUGACAAGCAGUACAAGUUUCUUGAUGAGAUGCUUACGCGACUCAUGAUCAAGCUUGAUGCUGUGGACCCAGCAGGCAGAGAUGACGUCCGCCAGCUGCGCAAGUCGAUGGUCAGAGAAGUGCAGUCUGUCAUCAACUUGCUCGAGGGCAGACCUCAAGCGGGUGCUCUUGUUGAGGUUGUAACUCAGGAAGUCGAAGGCCUUGCCGGUGAAGCCAGUCCAUCCAACGAAGAGGGAGGCAGUGAGAGUCCCAGCGAGGCUACCGGUGCUGCUGCGGCAGCCGCGUCUGCAGCUCCUGAGGUGUCGCCUGAAGUGCCACCGCCACCUGCUGUCGAGAGGGUUGGCGGCAAGGAUGAGAAAGGAGACACGCCUAUGGAAGUCGAGGCACCAGCAACUUCUGAAGCCCAGCAACCACCAAGCGUGGAGAUGGUCCCAGCCACAUCGGGCGGCGGUGCAAGUGCGGAAGAGCUACCACCUGCACCCGAACUUCCAACAAUUCCGAUGCCCGUCGACAUUGACCCUUGCGCAGCUAGUUCCUCUGGUAACGUGGCAGAGGGGCCCCAUGCGGGAUUGGCGAGCCCCUUCAACGAACGAAACCUGUCGUCUCUAAACAACAGCGAAGAUGAGAGUACACAUAUUGAAGGCAGCAUCCCCACUGAGCACUCGGGCUCGACGGAACUCUGAAGAGGUUUCCGGCGGGUUGUCGUGUCACAGUAUUGCAGUUAGGUUCUGUCAAGUGACAGAAUCAGAGUUGGCCAGAAAGCUUGCACGUUGCUGUACGGUGCAGCGGGUGGCCUUGCUGGAACCAAAGUUUCUUGCAAUGACUGACUGUACAUACUGCUGUAUCUAAGUCAAAAUUGUGCAUGUACAUAAAUUGUUUUUGCCGCGUGUAUUUAAAAAGUGUGUUAUGUUGCAAGUUGUUAUAAUAAAUGUCUAGCAUGUCUUGAUGCACUCCA